AUGGCCAGAAAGUCUGAGUUUCGACGGAGCUGCGCCCUCUGUCGCUCUCGCAAAAUUGCCUGCUCUGGCGAACGUAUCUGCACCGCCUGUCGCGACCGAUCAAUUGAAUGCGUGUACGAUUUGGAGAUCGCCAAGGGCCGUCCCCGAACGAACAAGACUUCCUCUUCCUCGCGUGCAUCCACGGCUUCUGCAACACUAGAGGAGAGUGAGUCUGGCGACGGCGGACUCCCAGAGAGCAUGACCAGCAGCAGCAGCGUGGCCGGGGAGUUGGACGCCAUGUUUCGAGAGAAUUUCGGGGGCGAGCCCAUAGUUGCCCCGUCGAACAUCUUCCAGGUGCGCGUGGCGACCUUCAAUCAGCAUCUGGUGGCGGGCAAGGCAUCGCGCGAGUCUCCCACACCUGCCGGUAGCCUGAGCUAUUCUGGAUUCCUAGCGCUGGUGACGCAAGAAUUGAUCGAGACAGUCGUCGGCAAGUUGGGGGGACUGGGGUCCCACGCCUUUUUUGGACAAGGAGAACGCUUCUACCGGGCAUGCAUGCUGCAGGACACCUCCAAGACCAUGUUUGGCACACCAGGCCCGACGCCGGCAUCGUCGCCAUGUGCAGGUCUCGACAUCAUGGCCGAGUACGGCUCCCAUAUGAUCACGCAGCAUCUCGAGGUCUGGUUCAGCCACCACCCGCUGUCGAUCCUCGUCUCCAAGGCGCUGCUCCUGCGCGACCUGCGGAACCAAACCGCCCAUCGGGUGUUGCUGGCUGUUCUUUUGGCCGAUGCCCAUCACUUCGCCGACGAUCCUCUCAAGGGCGACCGCAUGCUGAAUUGGGCCGUCUCGCAGCUGCACACAAUCCCCGUCGAUCAGGCGGACAUGACCACGGCACACAUCACUCUCCUACUGGGUUGGUACCAUGCCUGUCGCGGGCAUUCGCGCCGGGCACUGUGCUAUAUCGGCUAUACGGGACGCAUCAUGGCCAAGCUGAAGGUGAAGCUGCAAAAGUCGCCUCUGACGGGGCAGACACACAUCAACGGCAUCGACCGGGGCGCGGUGGAGGCAGAGCUCAUCCAUAAUACGUGGUGGGUGAUGCUGGCUCUCACUGUUUGGGCCUUCAUCCAGAUGAACAUGCCCGUCACUGACCUCCUACCGGCGAGUCUCAUGCAAGUCGACCUCGCCAGUACUGAGACCGAGUCGAUGCUGCUGCAGCUCGACCGCGCGACGUACAACCUGUCCACCUUGCGGUCGCAGCUCUCCUCCCUCAAGUCCGUGUGGCUGCUGGCUCAUCUGACCUUGCUGGCCGCCCAUCUCUAUGCCUUGUAUCAGCCGCCCACACCGCGGAGUCCGCCGCAAGGGCAACACUCCCGACCCUGGCAGGAUCUGGUGCUGCAUCGACUGAAUUGUCUCCUCAGCCAGGGCCGCAGUCUCGUCCAGGUGUGUGCGGAUUCCCGCGCAGCCAUCAAGGAUGUCAUCUCGCUCUUGCAACUCGAGCAGGUCGAGGGCAAAGGGGGUCUCGCCCUCCUCACCGUUUACCACGCCGUCUCCAUCCACCUGCUAUUCCCCUGUGAAGAGGGCACCCCAGACAGAAACACCCUCGUGCUCACUUACCAAGUCUUCCAAGAACUGGCCCGGUCUAUGCAUGAUCUCCAAGCCAUCUUCCAAACCGUCCAAACAUGGGCGCGGCCAGACUCCUCGCGGCCCGCCAGCACGGCCGCGGCCUCGCUGCAUUUCUUUAUCCUGGCCCUAGAUGCCACCAGUCGGGCGCUGAUGCAGAUCCUCACAGUCUUGGAUCGGUGCCCGCGAGCCGAGCAGCAACGCUGGAUCGAGUGUUUACUGCCGUUAUUCGAGGGAGGGUCGACUUUACAUGGUUUAUUUGACCACGACAUACUUUUGCAAGAUCAUCGAUGGAGAUUGGUGAAGCGACAACUGAAGAUGGCGUGUAAGCGGUUGGAAGGGUUCCUGGGUAGCUCUCGGGACCAGUUCUCUCGCCCCUUGUCGUCCCUGGAGUUGAACGUGGCUCCUUCUCCCCCCGAAGGAGGAAUAGGAGGAGUGUUCUUCUCCAAUGCCAUUCACGACCCUAUCCCUUCUUCAUCGUCUCUCUCACAAGAGCCCCUACGAUGGCCUGACUGGCACCCUGUGACCCAGGGACAAUUACGAGAUUCACAUUCCAAAUCAGUAUCGGACUUCGACCUCACAUACCUAACCCCAACCGGCGGAUCGCUGGACUCGUUAGCAAGUGCCGACGAGACCUCCCAUCUCAUGCAGCAAAUGCCCCAGCACCCUACAUCAUUGACAUCGUUCUGGUCUGGGCUGAAUCUGAGUCCCUCUAAUACGCUGGUGGAGAUGGUGCCGUCACCUUCUUCGCUUUCGCCAGCUGGUUUCGUGAUGACCGAUCACCGUGGUCAGAGUAAACGGUCAUUGGAUAACCUGUGGUUGUUGGAUGGGGUGGAUCAUUCCGUGUCGACGCCCAAUAUGAAUUUGGCGAAGAGACUGAAGGGGGAUUUGACAGACCAGACGACAUCGUGA